UUUCCUCUCAAGCUAUAAUAGGUUGUCUUCUGAUUCUGCAUUGCUCAUCAUUCCCCUUUCGGAAAAAUUAACGUUAGUGAGUGGGAACAUGGAUAAUGCACUAAGCAGCGGAAUAAGUAGAGGGAAAUCGGAUGAGCUAGUGGAGGCGGAGGGUGGUGGGAGUAGUACCGGGUCCACAACGCUGUCGAGGAAAUCGAGUAGAAGGAUGUCACCGAAGAACACGCACAUAAGGAAAGCAAGGAGCGCACAGUUGAAGGUGGAGGUGGAUGAGGUUAGCAGUGGAGUGGCUCUUAGCAGAGCUUCAAGUGCCAGCUUGGGCCUCUCUUUCUCCUUCACUGGUUUCACUCUCCCUCCUGAUGAAAUCUCUGACACCAAGCCCUUCAGUGAUGAUGAUAUCCCUGAAGAUAUUGAACCUGGAACUCAUAAGCCAAAGUUUCAAACAGAACCUACUCUGCCACUAUAUCUAAAGUUCAAGGAUGUGACCUACAAGGUAGUGAUUAAGGGCUUGACCACAAGUCAGGAGAAGGAUAUCUUGAAGGGGAUUACUGGUUCUGUAAAUCCAGGGGAAGUUUUGGCUUUGAUGGGUCCUUCAGGAAGUGGAAAGACAUCUUUGUUAAAUUUGCUUGGAGCAAGAACAAGUCAGUCCAUCAAUGAUGGCUCUAUCACUUACAAUGAUCUACCCUAUUCCAAGUUCCUAAAGAGCAGGAUUGGAUUCGUGACACAAGAUGAUGUUCUGUUUGCUCACCUAACUGUGAAAGAAACACUGACAUACGCAGCCCGCCUUAAGCUGCCAAAUACAUUAACAAGAGAGCAAAAGGAACAACGAGCUUUAGAUGUCAUUGUUGAGCUAGGCUUGGAGAGGUGCCAGGACACUAUGAUAGGAGGUUCUUUUGUUAGAGGAGUAUCAGGUGGAGAGAGGAAGAGAGUUUGUAUUGGAAAUGAGAUCCUAAUCAAUCCUUCUCUUCUGUUUCUUGAUGAACCAACAUCUGGUUUGGAUUCCACAACAGCCUUGAGAAUAGUUCAGAUGCUACAUGACAUAGCAGAGGCUGGUAAAACUGUUGUGACAACAAUUCAUCAACCAUCAAGCAGACUCUUCCAUAAAUUUGAUAAGUUGAUCCUUCUAGGAAAAGGUAGCUUGCUUUACUUUGGAAAAGCAUCUGAAGCAAUGGACUACUUCAAACUUAUAGGGUGUUCUCCUCUUAUUUCCAUGAACCCAGCAGAGUUUUUAUUAGACCUUGCAAAUGGAAACAUGAAUGAUAUUUCAGUACCAUCAGAAUUAAAGGAUAAAGUACAUAUGGGAAAUUCAGAAGCUGAAACAUGCAAUGGGAAACCAUCAGCUGCAGUUGUACAAGAGCAGUAUCUUGUGGAGGCAUAUGAGACUCGAGUUGCAGAAACCGAGAAGAAAAAGUUAAUGGUUCCUAUCCCCCUUGACAAAGAUUUGAAGUCCAAGGUUUGUUCUCAGAAAAGACAGUGGGGGGCAAGUUGGUUAGAGCAGUUUUUCAUAUUAUUCUCAAGAGGAUUCAAAGAAAGGAGACAUGACUAUUUUAGCUGGUUGAGAAUCACCCAAGUUCUAUCCACUGCAAUCAUCUUAGGAUUACUAUGGUGGCAAUCAGAUUCUAGCAACCCAAAAGGUCUACAAGACCAGGCAGGACUUCUUUUCUUUAUAGCAGUCUUUUGGGGAUUCUUUCCUGUUUUCACAGCAAUAUUCACAUUUCCUCAAGAGAGAGCCAUGCUGGCAAAGGAAAGAGCAUCAGACAUGUACAGAUUAAGUGCUUAUUUCUUAGCUAGAACUACAAGUGACCUUCCACUUGAUCUGGUAUUGCCAGUGCUUUUCCUGCUAGUUGUUUAUUUCAUGGCUGGUUUGAGACUGAGUCCAGGGCCCUUUUUCCUCAGCAUUCUUACAGUUUUCCUUUGCAUUGUGGCAGCUCAGGGGCUUGGACUUGCUAUUGGGGCAACACUAAUGGACUUGAAAAGGGCAACAACUUUAGCUUCAGUGACUGUGAUGACUUUCAUGCUGGCUGGAGGUUUCUUUGUGAAGAAAGUCCCUAUAUUUAUAUCUUGGAUUCGCUACCUAUCUUUCAACUACCACACGUACAAACUUUUGCUCAAGGUGCAAUAUGAACACAUAACACCUAGCAUAAAUGGGAUCAGAAUUGACAGUGGUUUCAACGAGGUUGCUGCCCUGAUAGCCAUGGUUUUCGGCUACCGUUUACUCGCAUAUCUUUCUCUGCGGCGGAUGAAACUUCAACCUGGAGCUUAAGACUAACCAAGACAUAGAGCUCGUUUGGACAUAGACCUAUUGGAGCUUAUCUACAAAAGAAAAUUAAAUAAGCUCCAAAGAGUGAUCAUUGGUUUGCAUCCAAAGACGCUUAUAGCAGGUCUCAAUCAGAGAUGUUGCACUUCGUCUCUACUAGCAAGAGUGAUAUUGAAGCACGGCUCAUCAUCAAAGCAUGGAUGUUGGUUACAGCUUCUGGUCCUUAGUAAUUUGCCUAGUCUUGUGCAUGUAUAGUGUGUUUCAUUUGGCAUGUUCAAGCAAUAUAAUCAAAGCAUGUUGAAUGUUAUCACAAGCACAUAAGUAAUAACAUGUUUGGAUGAGUUUAUUUUUCCUCAAAA